GAUACCAUUAGUGUAGCUUUGCUACAGCCGCUGAAAUACGCCUUAUGCAUCAUUGCAUUACACGUAAAGACGCCUGAAAGUGGUAGCUACCAAUUCACAAUGACCUCAACUGCAUGUGUCGAAACUGCAGGGUUUUUGUGCUGAACAUUUAGCAAACGGUGCAGUGGUCUUAAGCGCUGGCGACAUAGAUGCGGCUUAAACACUACCUUUGUCGCCAAUGAGCAUCAAUUUUGCAGAAGGGCGACAUAAGAAAGGAGCUUGGGAAUCUGCCGCCCCAUUGGCAGCCAUGGCCGGGCUGGGAGCGGUGCUGCUGCUGCUCCUGGUGAUGUCAGCGGCGGCGGAUCAGUACUUGGACCGAGCUUCUCCUCAAGGCCGGGCUGUUCAGACCGUCAGAGCCGGAUCCAAAAUCCAGUGUAGCCUGAAAUGUGAAACAGAGCCUACGAAUCAAUGUACCGGCUUCGCUUACGAUCCCGAUGACGGUACGUGCCGCCUGUUCUCCGGAGACUGCCGCGGUCCGGCCGUCAACAGCUCUCAGCAGACCACCGAUCACUACAUGGCCAGAAACACCUGCCCAGGAACGCAUUCGGACCGGUGCGCCUGUCCGGCCGGCUUCAGCCGCUGUGCAGGCCGCUGUCUGAGGCGCCUGGGCCAGACCUUUGGUUUCACCAAAUCGGCAGACCGGUGUGCCGCCAUCGACGCCCACCUGGCCGUGCCCCGCUCCGACGACGAGAACCAGUGCGCCAUGGAUGUCGCUGUGGCCGCCGGGAAGUCCGUCUGGCUGGGCCUCACCGACGUCGUCACCGAGGGCCAGUUCGUCGGCGCCGACGGCUGCGGCGUCGUGUCGGCCUCCGGUCCCCAAUGGGGCAUCGGACAGCCCAACGACUACCAAGGGCAGGACUAUGUUGGAGGACAUCCGAUGGGAUGGAAUGACUUCAGAGAGACCGAGCCCUGCUACCCGCUGUGCCAGCUGCAGUUCUGCUACCAGCCCGGCUGUGUGUGAAGGAAUUACUUCACUUGCGGGAUGCAAAAGAAGGAAUAACUAAUAGACCAGCGGACUGCAGCCGGCAACGUUAUUUCGCUUUUUAGCCCUACUUGGAAAU